GCUUAUCACGAGACCGUUUUUUAUGUUCUCCUCCGUCGCCAAUCCCCAAAUCUCGCAUCCAAACCCUAACCCUAACCCGCGAAUGCCAAGGCCUUGGGGCCCGGAUCCAGGGCUGCGACCUUCUCCGAUCUUCAAUCCCUGAUGCGCGGACUCUCUCGAAACCCGGAUGCUGGGAUCGGAGAUGGCGAUUGUGCCGGCGAUCUCGGCGGAUGGCUCCUUCGCGGAAUUGGAGGGCGUCGGCGAUUCAGUGGAGUCUUUUGUCCGGUUGUUGGAGACGCAGAAGGAGCUGUUCCACAUCCAGAUCGAUCAGCUUCAGAAGCUUGUCGUCACCCAGUGCAAGCUCACGGGCGCCAAUCCUCUCUCGCAGGAGAUGGCUGCUGGUGCACUGUCCAUCAAAAUUGGUAAAAAACCAAGAGAUUUGUUGAACCCUAAAGCAGUAAAAUACAUGCAGUCCAUUUUCUCCAUCAAGGAUGCAAUUGGCAAGAAGGAAACCCGUGAAAUUAGUGCUCUCUGUGGAAUUACAGUCACUCAGGUCAGGGAGUUCUUUGCUGGUCAACGUUCCAGGGUGAGAAAGCUUACCCGUGUGUCUCGUGAGAAAGUAACUCAAUCAGAAGCAUCUAAGGAACCCUUAGAUGUGUGUCCCAUCAGUGUCGAGCAGCCUUUGCCUGUUGCCAUUGAAGCACCCGCAAGCUUGAACACUGUGAAUCCUAUGACAGUCCAACAUUGUCAGGUUCUUGAGAACUAUGGGAAUGCAAAUGCCACUGAAGGCGGGCAACAGGUUCCUGUAAAUUCCACUGAAGUUAAGACUGCUCAAGAAGGUGCUUCUUGUUUACCCCAAGAAGAAGCUAUAGAUGGUAUUGAUUCUGAGGAUAAAAAAUUUCUGGAGAAUAUUUUCAAUUUAAUGAAGAAAGAAGAGACAUUUUCAGGGCAGGCCAAGCUUAUGGAAUGGGUUCUUCAAAUUCAGAAUAUAGCUGUUCUGAACUGGUUCUUAACUAAAGGUGGUAUACCCAUUUUAGCAUCAUGGCUUAGUGAAGCUGCUCUUGAAGAACAAUCAAGUUUGCUUCUAGUCUUACUCAAGGUUCUAUGCCACCUGCCUCUGCAUAAAGUGCUGCCACUACAGAUGUCAGGCAUCUUGCAAACAAUUAACAAACUGCGCUUUUAUAAUAGGUCAUCAGACAUAUCAAACAGGGCGAGAAUCCUUCUGUCCAGGUUGAGCAAGAUUUUUAUUCGGAACCAGGCUAUGAAGAAGCCGACUUUCUCCAAACUGCCCAGAGAUGUUGAUAAGGAAAUCAUUCGGAAACAAAGGAUCAGUGAAAUCCUUCUGAGUGACGAAUCAUGGCAGUCCAAAAUUGACAUCCCUGAGGAAAUACUGGCAUUGACUGAAAAUAAUGACAUGAGCAGGAGAACAGAGCCCAGACCAGGGCUGAAGCUCCUUACAUCAUCAGCUGAUGAGUCAAACAAAAGGCAUAGUCAGAGCGUCUCAACUUCCAAAAACAAGCAGCGCAGAAAAGUUCAAUUGGUGGAUCAGCCUGACAGUAAAGCUGCUGGCAGAAGUGUACAGGUUGCAAGAGCAGGGCCUUCAAAUCAAAGCCGCCCAAUGUCGGCUGAUGACAUCCAGAAAGCAAAGAUGCGAGCUAUGUUCAUGCAAAACAAGUAUGGCAAGAGUGAUGUGUCGACCCCUGAAAAUCUUGGGCAAAAAUCUGUAAACCGUGAAAUAUCUUCUGCACAAAUUAUCAAAACAACGCCUUCAUCUAGAAUAGCCCAGCUUCCUCAUACGAAAAGGAAUGAGGAUAAGAAACCUCUGAUACCCAUUAGGAAACCAUCUCCUGUUAAGAUGGAAACCGACUCAAAGCCAAACAAAACUUCUCGGGAACACUUACUGGAGAGGUUGAAGAGUGUUCGAACUCAAUGGCACAGCCCACCAGAGGUGAAGAUCAAUUCAUUGUGGAGGGUUGGAGCUGGGGAAAACAGCAAGGAAGUUGAAGUGCAGACAGCGAGGACUUGCCGGGAAAAGGAAACAUUGUAUGCAAACCAACAGGAAGUGCCUCCCAAUCCAAAGGAGCCUUGGGAUACGGAAAUGGACUUCGAUGACAGCCUCACUACAGAAAUACCAAUCGAGCAGCCACCCGAAGUUGAUAUUCCUGAAUCGUCUUCUUCAUCCUUGCCCAAUGGCAUCAUCCAAGCUUCAAAAGUGGAGGUCCCGCCAACAGCAACCUCUUUGGCUCCGGCGAUCAAUAAUGCACCACCUGAAGCCGAUAUGGAGUUGCUAGCUGUGCUUCUGAAAAACCCUGAGCUGGUGUUCGCCCUGACUUCCGGCCAGACGAGCAACAUGACCAGCCACCAAACAGUAGCCUUGCUGGAUAUGCUCAAGAAGAGCGGAGUUGGAUUCGCUCAAAGCUCUAGAGAAAUUCAAGAACCGACAUCGCUUCCAUCGCCAACCCCUCCCUCAGAAUCAAGGAGCGAAUGGAGAUCGGAGCCGUCACCGUUCACCAGAAAUCCACCUCAGCUACUGCAACCUCCUCAUGUGCCCGCCGUUGUCUUAACAAUGCCUCAGUUGACAGUAACAACAAACUUGAACCCUACUACUACACCUCAGAAUCACACCCUCAUGAAUCAUCAGGCUUAUAAACAGCUUCCAGCUGCUACCAUGUAUGCUCAACAAAGCUCUAAUACAAGUGCAUAUCAUUCAUCUCUGGCACAAAUGCACAAUGCUUCUACGUCUUUGUUGAACUCUACUAUGCCUACUUGGUUGCCGUCUAGUGUCGCCCCGAGUACUCAUUUUGAUGCUAACCAAUAUAACCACAGAAUGUAUUCAGCCUCUCAAGGCCAAAUGAAUGCAGUGAGGAACAAUGCUGAGUUGUAUUCUAAUAGAGGACUUCCAGACUCUAGAAGGGAACAUGGCCCAAGUUACAGGCCGGAAUGGCCUGCAAAUUGGAAUCCCGGCGAGCAUCGGGACUGGCAAAACCGGCCUAGUGAUGCUGGCCGGAGAGGGCGAGACCGAGAUUGGAGAUGAUUGAUGAUCUUUUGAUCAUUAGUUUGUACAUUAAUUUGUCGGCAGGCAGACGAGGAUUUAACAGAUGAGGAUUCAACAGAGCUUCCCAGUUUUGUUUCCUGCUGAUCAAAAUUCUUGUUUACAUGUUAGGAUUGUGAAUAGGACUUAGGAAACAAACACUCAUUAAAUCUUUGAAGACAUUGGAAAUAUGAGUGGUGGUGGUGGUCUACCUCCAGACAAUUCUUGUUUCA